AUGAUGACUGUCAAGAGGGAAGAACACGGAGAACAUAAUGUGCGAGUAAAGCAGGAAGAACGUCCCGAGGAACCCACUCCGACUCUUGCUCUAAAGGUUGAGCACGCCAAUCACGCCACCAUUGUCCCUCAGGAAACAAAUAGGAAGAACCGAAAUAAGAAGGCUCUAAAGUCAGCUCGCAGUGACCCCGCUGGUGGUUUCUCGACCAAAAAACAGAGACAGCUUCUGAGGAAGGCGCGCGAGAAAGAACAGUUUGAAGCCGCUUUGAACGAGAAAUUUGAGGAGGUGAAGGCAGAUAACGGCAUGCAGGUCGGCAAGCUUGAGAACAAACUUGAACAAGAGAAAGCAAAGACCGAAGAGGCGCACAGGCUUUUACGCGAAAGCGUGAAGUUGGUAGCACAUAUGACAAGCCUGUUGAAAGGCCAAGGUGGAUCGGUACACUGA